ACAAGCCACGCUUUAUCCUGCCAGUCUGUCACGCUCUGCGAGCAUUCACAGGAAACACACACAGACUCCCCCAGCGCUCAAACACUCACUUAGCUCGCUCUUACUCUCUCACACACUCCUACAGGGAAACACACACAGACACCGGCUGCACUCACAAAGGACUGGAGGAUGGCUGUGUCCAUGAGAAGAAUGAAUGGGUCCUGGCGAGGGUUGACUCUAGCCCUGGUUCUCUGUGCUCUGUUCCUACACAAUGGUCAAGGAGUUGACCCCACUGAUCCCUCUGCUGCACCUGAUACGGCAUCACAGAUGCCCCGAGCUCUGUUGCAACUGAUACAUCAGAACUCAAAGAUGCAACCUCCAACGCUACAGUUAGAAACGACACGGCCACUACCGUCGCCGACGCCACAGCCUACAACACUACUGGGACCAGUGCUCCUGGAUCAGACCAGGACACUGCCUUCUCCUCCAUGGUGCCAAACAGUGACCUCUUAGCAGGAGGUGAAACUUCUGGAACCACGGCUGGACCUGGUGUAGACACACAGGGCACUGAAGCAACUGAUGCACUGUUUGUACUCCAGACACAGGUUCUUGUGAAUCCCAAUGUUGAGUGUGUGGACAAGGAGGCAGUGAAGGACAAGGAUGCAGUCAAGGUGGAGCUUUCUUCAGAAAGCAGCUGUUUGGAGACCAAGAGAAUCUUGGAGGAUUCAGCCUGGUGCACAGGGGACUGCAACCUUCAAGUGUUCCAGGAAGAGAACUCUAACACAUUGGUUUUGACACGCGCUGAUGGUGGUGUCAAAGAAUUGUCAGAGAGCCUGGUCAGUGAAGGCAUCAAGGGCCAGCUGGGUGUGGUGAAGGCAGCUUCUCAGUGGGGAACACACACUCCCAUAGUGCUGGUGCCCCUGCUCAUUACUGGCCUGCUGCUGGCUGCUGCCAUCAUCGGAUGCUACUAUAUGAAGAACAACCGUGGACACAACGCCAAGGGCAUGAGGCUGGCUGAGGAGGCGUACCCAGUCGAUGACGAGAACCACGGAAACACCCUGGUGUCUGUUGCCCCUCUCAACCCCCCUGAGAUCCUGGAGAAGCCUGCUAACGGGGACUCCCAAGAGGCCGCCAAGACCCAGCCCCCUCCCACCAACGGCCACUCCACCACCAAGACGGCAGACACAGAGCUUUGAAGACCCCUAGAACACCUGGAAAAGAAUGGAUCAGAUCCCACACCCCUCCUCCAACACCAACCUUUCCCCCCCAGAACACCCCAGAGACCUCAUCCUACCAUGGACAUUAGGGACUAGAACUACCCCUCUUAACCCUCACAUAAACACUCCUUCAGACUCUCUGUGUGCCCCACUUCGGCUACAUGCCUCAACAAUUAAAAUGGAGGGACAACCCCAUGGUAAAGUAACCAUAAGAUUACAAUGAACAGGUGUUGAUGAUAAUGUGAAUGAUGAUGAUGCCGAGGGCUGUGUCUCUGUCCCUGGGUUGCUGACAUCAUACAGGGAUGGAGACAGGGCCAGGGUUAGUACUGGGUGAUGGGGAUGGAGGGUUUUAUGUUGUCAAUCACCAGUGGCUCUAAGACUGCAKCUUGGGUCACAUCAACCAUGUAGUCAUUUUCAAUGCCCAGGAGGGGCCCUGCCUUCACAUGUCAUCAGGUUUAAAGCUUCCUUCCAUAAAUCCUUUAACCAUAAAUUGAAGCAUUGCAUCACUACCACUCAAAUUGGUCCUCAGUUGAUCAUAAAAAGGAGAAAAUAAAAUAACACAUUCUUGAAUCUGUUUACAAACAUAUCAGAGUGGAAGCUGAGCUAGUUUGGUUAUGUUUGUGUUAUUGUGUUCUGUGUGUGCGUGUAAGGAGUGUUGCUGUGUGUGUAAAAGCAGUGUGUGUUUUUGCUUGUUUUCUGUGUGUACAGGCGGAUGUGUGUUGGCAUGUGAGUGUGUGUGUCUGUGCAAGAAUGUACAUGUGUGUCACCCAAAAAUGUUAGAAUACAAUUUAUUAAAAUAAGCAGACAAGGUGAUUGCUUGGGGAGAUAGGUCCCCAGUAGUGACCUGGAGAGGGGUCUUCUUUUGGUGCUUAAUCUCACUGUAUCAAUCUGUAGGAGACGAAGCAGGAAGGAAUUCUCCCCUUCAUUACUGCAAGUUAAACCCAGAUAAGCCAAUGGCCUGACAGAAGUUAGAAAAACUAGAUCCACACAGUGUUACAAUGGUGACUGCUGAAAACCAUACCAGACUUAUGUGUAUAAGGUCUGGGACACAGUGUCGUGUAUAUAAAGAGGUCAGGUGUGCCAAUCCUUUUAAAUAAGUCAGUAUUAUUCUCUUUUUAAUACCUUUGUAACAGUAUAUAAUUAGACACUUAAUACAUACAGUAUUGUACGGAACAAUGUUAUAUAAUAUGAUGUUUCUGUUUUGUCUUGUGUUUUGUUUUUGUGUAUUCACACUUGCUUUGUUCUAAGCCAAAGAAAUCCUUUUCACCAGCUUGCCAUGCGGAGAUACUGUAUACUGUAGAGGGAGGAGGAGUGAACAUAUGGAGAAACUACUUGCUGCUUUUUGUGACAUCAAGGUAGUGUUUGGGUCUCUUUUAGUGUGUUAGCCUAGUUGCCCAAAUAUAUGUUGUUCAAAGCUUGGCAAUACUACAUUUUUGCAGAGCGGCGUUCUUAACAACCCAGCCCAAUCUAUCGUUAAAGUACACUGUAUACACAGCAGGAUGACUUCUUGUUUACAUAUCUACAAGCUGAGAGUCGUUCCGCUGGGUAUGAUGAAGUCAUAUUGCUGACCUUUAAAAUCAGGAACUAAGGGGAAUGUCACAAUUUCCAUUAUACAUAACAUUACAACACUAUGUUAUUUUKAAUAAAUUCAGCAAAACAGUGAGUACUGCUGGUUAUCUAACUGGAAGAAAUUGCCGAACAUUUCAGCGCAUAAGUGUUACCUUGCUUUCAGUUCUAUUUUUUAUUCAUUUUCUGUAUUUUUUUACAUUCCAGAAUGACUGUUUUAAUUCUACUAGCAUCCUAAAGUUCACGAUAAGAAUAGAUUUUGGAAAAUAAAAUACUUUUUUUUUUUAAAUCA